AUUGAUUUCAAUACUAUUUAUUGAAAAAAAAAGAAAACAAGUUAAAGGUUUAAAAAUAUCUGUAAAAUGCUUUAAGACUCAUUUCACUAAAAUAUAAUUCUUCAAAAAUUUCGCAUUUUGUUAUGUGAAGUCUUAAUUUUAUACAGUUGAAGAAAAUUAUAGAAUAUGAGCGAUAAAUAGGCGAAUAGUAGAAACAAAGCUAUAUGCCUUGCAUUAUUGAAAAGGAAUUAAUUUAUAGUCAUAUGAAGAAGAGGCUACAUGAGUGAUUUUCACAUACUCUUACAUUUUGUUUAUUUAAAAUUGUAUUCUUCUCACUCUAAACUUUCGUUUUUACAUAUUCCUAUUUAGGAUUGUCACAAUUUCAAUGAAAGAUUACAAUGUUUGGAGUCAAAGGACUAUUUUUAAUAUGGAUUUUAUUAAAGCUGUCCUCGAAAAUUUUAUCUUUUCAAUGUCCCAAUUUGGAUAAACAGUGCUUUUGCAAAAUAAAAUACACAUUUGAAAACUUCUUAUUGUGCGAAUAUUUGGGAAAUAGAACUUAUUUUCCAAGCUUUAAACCCUCUAAAGUUUUUUUCAAAGAAUUGCAAUUUAAAUAUAAUUCAAACAUUGAAAUCUGUCAAAACUAUUCAUUUGAUGGUUUAUCUAUUCAAAGGAUAAAACUACAAGAAAUAGGACUGAAGAAAAUCGAAAGCGAUUGUUUCAGCAACCUCGAUUAUAAUCGAUUACAAGAAAUGUAUUUAGAUUCGAACUUGAUUUCCCAUAUAGCAGGAGAAAUUUUUUCUAAAAUGAAAAACUUAAAUUACUUAAAUUUAUCUGGAAAUAAAUUAGUAGAUUUGGGACAAAAUUCUUUUUUUGGCUUAAAUUCCCUAACUCACCUCAUCGCAUUUGGUAAUAAGAUUACAGAUAUUAGAGCAGUAACAUUUAAUGGAUUAAGAAACCUCCAUACGCUGGAACUUCAUAACAAUAAUAUUGAAUUGAUAGAGGAAGGAGCAUUUCAGGAACUUAUUGAAUUAAGAGAAUUGAGCCUUGUGAAGAACCAGAUAAAAACUUUACCAAAAGAUCUGUUCAAUAAAACAAAAAAAAUCCGAAGAAUAGAAUUCGCCAAAAAUUUAUUAAAUGAAAUUGAUGAAAAAUGUUUCAAAGAUUUAAAUGAUCUAAACGUAUUAGAUUUAUCAUACAAUAAUCUCAGAUUUUUGCCUACUAAACUAUUCACAUCUAAUCGAAAUCUCGCUCAUUUGGAUCUUUCUUCAAAUCGUUUUUGGAAUCUACAGAACAACGUCUUUAAUAAUUUAAUAAAUUUGGACACGUUAGUGCUAAAAAAUUGUAGUAUUUUCAACAUUAACAAGGACGCUUUUUCCAACCUUAACUCACUUACCUUAUUAAACUUAGAAGGAAAUGAGAUUGCUAUUUUACAACUUUCCACAAUGAAUUCAUUGACAUCUUUAGAAGAUUUAAAUUUACGACAUAACAAGCUUUCAGAAAUAAGUAGUGCAACAUUCUCCAAAUUAAAUAAUCUGAAGAAGUUGGAUUUAUCUUUUAAUACUUUAAAAAGUUUAACAGAUGCUUCAUUUUCGAGCUUGACUAACUUAGAAUUUCUGAGCUUAACCAGUAAUGGAAUAGAGGUUAUUUCACCUUACAGUUUCAAUGGUUUAAAUCAUUUGGAUUCAUUGCAAUUAGGAAAUAAUUCUUUAUCAGAAAUAGAUCAUCGCAGCUUUUCGCAACUUGUAAAUCUUACUUACCUCAAUCUUGAGAGAAAUAAAAUUAAUAAGCUACAUAACAGAUUAUUCCAGAAUAAUACCAAAUUGAACACUCUUACUUUGUCAAAUAAUCUCCUUCAACUAAUAACUUCAAGCAGCUUCUUGGCAUUAACUAAGGUGACUCAUUUGAGAUUAGAAAAUAAUCUACUUGAGAAAGUAUCAUCAAACUUGUUUAAGUCAAUGACGAAUCUCAAAAAAGUGUCCUUGCAUAAUAACAGAAUAAGUAAAAUAGAGGAAGAUGCAUUUAAUAAAGUGCAACAACUUAGUGAAUUAACCUUACAUCGAAAUAAACUGAAGAAAAUCUAUCCUUACACUUUUGAGGCACUGAAAAACAUUCAGGAAAUUGAUCUAAGUUACAAUGAACUGGAUAAUCUAGAAGGUAUUUAUGCUUAUGCCUUUUAUGGGAUCACCAAUUUAAAACACAUUAGCCUCACCAACAAUAACUUGACCCGUUUGUCUCGAAACGUUUUGAGCUCUUUAAAGUUUCUAGAUAGCAUUUUUUUGAAAAAUAACCCUUGGAACUGUAAUUGUGACAUAUUCUGGUUUUUCCUUGACAAAAGAAUAAGAGAUGUUCAUAGUUUAAAUUGCUCAGGUGGUCAAAUAAUGUCAUGCUAUAACUUUUCACUAUGCGAAGAUUUUGACUCAUCUCUUAAAAAAUCGGAUGCUUGUUCAAGUCUUGAGAAAACAAAUUAUACAAUUGUAGACAACUCUACAGCGAAAUAUGUACAAAACACUCCGAGUACAGAAACCUUUUAUAAGCUCAACGCUACGAAGGAAAUUCAGCCAGCAUUUACAAUUGAUUAUUCCUCUACAAAUCGACCUAUUGGGCAAAAUCAUUUAGAUCUUAAAGUUCAUAUUCUUAAAUCAGAUUCUGUAACAGUUUCUUGGGGAAUAGAUCAGACGAAAGAUGUUAGCAAAUUAUUGAUAAAAUAUAAACCUUUUACCGACAGUGCAAAAUAUAAAGUAAUAAAUUUAAAGCCAUCAGCAAAUAGUUUUAAGAUCUCAAAUCUGAAAGAAGAUAGUUAUUACAUCAUAUGUAUUGUCUCCAUAGCAAAUACAAAUGCAACCUCACAGGAUUGUAUCUCAAUAAAAACUGAUAAACAAUUUAAAACUGCUGCUAUAGUUGGUUUAUCAUCGGCAAUAUUUCUUCUCUCUCUUAUUUUAAUUAUAGGUAUUGGCUUAUUAUGUAGAAUGAGAUACAGAGAGAAAAAGUUAAUGGAGGCUCGACAAAUUAGACGCAAUAAGAUAAGGAAACAUUUUGCCAUUGAUUCAACAACAUUUCCUAAAUAUAAUCGUCACACUUCAAAAUCAGUUUCCGUAAGAAAUUUACAUAAUCUCGCAGCCGAAAAUGGAGAUGUUAGACAUGUGCAAAUUAGGAGGAAUCAUGAUAUUGAUGAUGAUAAUGGCUUCCAUCAGAUGGCUGAAAACUAUGAGCGACAUGUGUCGCCAUCUUUUUGAUUAAAAGUUGCCAUUUUGUUUUUUAGAAUAUAUAAUAUCUUGACAUUCUUAGAUAUUCCCAGCUUAAGAGUUCAAAAAGAAAUUAAUUUAAGUUGCUGUAACGCUUUUGCUUCUCGAAAAUGUAUAUAUAAAUAAUAGUUUAGGAUUGCUAGCUUUAAAGCCAAUAAAUAGCACUGAUAUAUUAUAAUUGACAUGCACAAAUUAUCCCAAGCGAAUAUGUCUCACACUGAAUUGGAAAUUACCUGGAUAACAAAAUUGACUAGUAUUACAUAUUCUUGCAAAUAGUUCCGUCUUUGAAGAGGUAACCAAGAAGAAUUACUACUUAAAGAAUACUUGUUUGCUAUUUGAUUUAAGAUACAUUCUAAUCUUCAAUUAUACGAAUUAAGAAAAACUGAGAGCAUUCUGUAGUGUUAAAUAAAUCAAUUUACGGUUUUCCUUUGUUAAACAUAUCGAAAUUUCUCUGAAUUUCCUAAGAUUUGAUUUCCAAAAUAUUCAGUCAAAGUGAUAAAAGGAAGCAAAACCGGGAGCGCUUGCUUGCUACUUGUUCGAACGUUUGCGUUCUCUGGGGAAAGGAGCAUUUAAUCGCAUUGCGUGACCAUGGUUCUUUAAAGCAUAAAGCAAAAAGCAGUAGGUAGCAAUUCCAAUGUGAUACAAGAAGGGAACAGCAACAGAUUAUAGAAAGAGUACUGGGUCUUAGUCUCGGUUCUCCUAAAGAUUUUUUUUUUGGAGAUUUGUAUUGGGCGUGGCUUAUUAAGAGUAAUUGUAUGAAAUCAGCCGGAAAAUACCUCCAGAAUUUUAAUCGCCAUUAAGCAGACCGAUAUUCCAUUAAGGUAGUUUGAUUAAUCGGUAGCAUCUGUUACCAAAAUUUAGCAUACGUAAGAAUGUUAUUGGGCUCUUGUCUCUCCAGUGCCAAUUUGUUCUUUUUACCAAUAACCUUUUCACCUUGUUAAAAAUAUUUCUCGAGUCAUG